UCUAGAGUUUUCUGUGACAAGAACAAAGUCACACUCACAUAAAUUUACAACAGCUACUAAUCUAGUUUCACGCAAACAACUAGUAAAAUGGAUUAAUUGAGUAAGGAUACUUUCCUGACCUCUAGCUACACUUAUAUAGCAGUGGGUACCAGAGAUCUCACCUGGUCUACGUUCUCUAUACUGAGGACCCGAGCCAUACCGAGUGACGAGCUGCCUGCUACUCUUGGGAGACCUCCGAGUCUUCUGAGACCAACCAGUCCACCACUACAUGACGCCAGGAGCAGGCGCAUCAGAGGAGUUUAGAACUGCAGAGUAGCGAGACUGCAAGCGCGGCGGAACACGCGCACAUCAAAUUCACUGCGCAUGGGGUUAAUUGUUAGAGUUUGGUUGCUAAGCGACGUUGCCAUAGAAAGCGGCCUGAGGCAGGUGAGCAUGAAGAAGAGAGAGAAGUCACCGUGUCAAGUGGAGUUCUCCGAGGAGAGAGUUGAACUGGUGAACGACGGCUGCCAGCAACAGAGGCACACCUACCAGCUGCAGAACCGCGGCCCAGGCUCCGUGAGGGUACGGGCGGCCAUCGGAGCCGACAGCGACCCUGUGUUUGUUCUGCUGAGUGGCGGCGAGGAGAAGUACGUGGCUCCAGGUCUGAAGCUGCCCGUGGUCCUCCAGUACUCUCCUAAGGGAGAUGAUGAGGCCUGCCAUCAUCGUGGCAGUCUGGAGGUGUUUGUCAACUCCAGUCUCUCUCUCACCAUUCCCAUCUCUGCUGUUCCUCGGAGUCCCAGACUCCACCUGAGUGAGGAGGUGGUGGACGUGGGGUGUCUGGUGACAGAGAACCAGAUCCACACCACCUCCUUCUCCCUCUCCAACCUCGGGACUUGCGAGGGAGACUUCUUCAUCGACACCUCUCCUCUCCCUGGCUGGAUCUCCCUCCAGCCCACCACUGGCCACCUACUGCCUCUACAGUCGACUAGAAUACAGAUGGAGAUUUUGUGUAAGGAAGAAAUUGAAUUCUCCUAUACUCUCAGACAAGUCAUUCUGUUCAACGAGAGUCCAGUGUCCACUGACUACCUGUGUCUCCUGGACAAGAGAGCCCGAGGGAGUGAGGUGGGCGGGACAGAGGGUGUGGCCAUGGCCCUCACAGAGGGAGGUCCCGGCCAGGGGAGGUGGAGGGAACAGGGCUCCACUCCUCCUCACGAGUCUAUCGUAUCUGUCCUUCCUUCUCAGGGUACUCUGUUGCCUUAUGAGAAGAGGAAAUUGGAGCUGACCUUUGCACCCAGGUUCGUUUCCUCCGAAAGUGGGUGGAGCCAUUUCCAAGCCACACCCACCAGACGUGACUACACACUCUACCUUCGCUUCCUUGCUGUUGACACCAACAGAGAGUCAACAGCUUCUGGAGGUGACCUUGAGGUGGCAGUGUGUGCAACUGCUCUACCGGUGGACGUGCAGCUGGAGCCCAGCCCUCCACUACAGUUUGGAGCCACUCCCACCAUGUCCCCCACCACCCAGCAUGUCAAGGGGCAAGUGAACACCCAAGCAGUGUUUGUUCUGCCUACACAACAAGUCAGACACACUCCUCUCUACUUCACCACGCACGUGUCCCUCACUACACCUUGUCACCCUCCGACUCCGGGGCACACCCACCCUCACACACCCUCCGCCCCUCUCCCUCACCUUCACCCCAACAGCAGCUCGGGUCCACUCAAUGCCAGCAAUGUGAUAGUCAUCGACCAUUAUGACCUCAGACUCCAGACCACUUAUGCGCCAGCACUCCCUAUACGUGGACCCACCGCUACACUUACCGUGGACAGAGAGACAUGCUACAGUGACCGGCAGAGAGACGCGAGAUCCAGUGGCACAGAGACCACUACCUUCACUACCUCAGACACUCUCAGGCUCUCCGACUGUGGAACAGGAGAGAAAGGAGCCAUGGUGUCUUCGGGUGCCUGUAAAUUUUCCAAGAGUACUGUGCGCAUAUUAUGUGAGGGUGUUACAUAUACAGGAGCUCUGGUAACAGCAGCCUGUGGACCAGAGAGGGAGCUGGGGCUGCUUCCUCUGAAAGCUCCCUCCAACUCCCCCACUGUCUCCAGUGAUAGUUCUGCCAGGUGGAGGAAGAAGAGGAGAGGAAGAGGUGCUGGUAAACCUGGGAUCAUGACUACUGAUGAUGUCACCACUGCCACCUCUGUAGACCUGAGGGAGGUUGAGCAGUGUUCAACUACUGCUGAGAGUCAACAAGCGGCCAGUGAAGUCAAUGCUGCCCUUUCUCCGUAUCAGCUCUCUCUUAUCACAAUAUCCCCAGGAGUUCUGGACUAUGGUGUGAUUGCAGUCAGUUCAGUGGUGGAGAAGACUGUAACCAUAAAGAACAGCUUGAACCAACACAUCUGUUUCACUUUCAAGCUUGCUGGGUCAGGAGUGAAGAGUCCACUGUUCCCUUCAUCUUCAUCCUCCUCCUCCUCUUCCUCUCAUCUCGUCCUCCCUCCUCUGUCUUACACCAAUCUCCCCUUCACCGUUCAUCGUGACACAACUGGUCUCCUUGAAAGGUGUGUGGAAUGUCUUGUGAAUACCCGACAUGUGGUUCGACUGCCGGUCCGUGUGGAGACAGUACCCCUCUCCCUCUCCCUCUCCACCAACACCCUCACCCUCUCACAACCUCCCGUU